AUGGGUGUCAACUCCAAAAUUAUUCACAGUUCUGCAACUGCCCAUUUGAGCCUGGCCGAAAAACCAAUUCCAAUUCCUCCAUCGCCUGACUGCGUCGUUGUCGAAUCUUAUGCAAUCGCUGUAAAUCCUGUCGAUGUAAAGGUAUUCGCAAAGCUACCGUUUGGCGUGCCACUUGGUUCUGAUUAUGCUGGUGUCGUGCGUCAUAUUGGCUCUGAUGUACAGAACUUCAGUGUGGGCGACCGAGUCUCCGGUUGCUUAACGACCAUCCCUGGAUCGCGGUUCGUCGGAUCGUACAGUGUCGUCAAUGUGAAAAAAGAUGCAAUUGGCGUGAUUCCCCAGCAAUUUAGUCCAAUUGAGGCUGCAGCGGCCCCAGUAACGCUCGGGACUGCUUGGCGGCUAACUAAAUACGCAGAGGUACGCCCCGACAGCAGGGUUCUGGUUCUUGGAGGUGCUACGUCCGUUGGAACGUUCGUUAUUCAACUUCUGAAGCAAAAGUAUAAUGUAGCCGAGGUUGUGGCGACCUGUUCUUCCAAGAGUUCCGAAUAUGUCAAGUCGUUCGGCGCGGAUCGGACAAUUGACUAUAAUGGUGAUCUUAGGGCUAGUCUAUUGGAGUCUGUGAAGGAUGGUAAAUACACUUCGAUUAUCGACACUGUGGGCGAUGGACCUGUUGGUUGGAUUGCCAACAAGCUUGUGGAAAAGCCCAAGUCGAAAUACAACUUUUUGUCUUGUGCAGGAACCGCUCCUCCCGGUGAUUCGUACGGCAUGCUACAUCUGCUUACCUCUCUCCCCCGUAUUAGUGGCCGUACCAUGUUUGGAAGGCUGUGGGGAAUCAAGUACUCGAUGGUUGCUGUUGGUAGAGAAGAUUGGACCGAGACUCUGAAGUUCCUCGACACCGGAGCAGACAUCAAGGUGCCUGUGGAUUCGGUCACGCCUUACAACGAGGCUUUGAAGGCUGUUGAGCGCCUGAAAAAUGUAGGUGCUCGCGGCAAGCUAGUUAUCGAAUUUUAA